AUGAUCGAGACCCUUAUCAGCGUAGUGUUCUGCCUGUCAAGCGCCCUCACCGUGUUGAUCCUUUUACUCCCUUCGCAAUAUCAGCCAGAACAAGUGGAAUCUUCAAGAUCCGAUGAUACAAAAAGGCGCAAGACUUGCGUUCAAAUCCUUGUUCUUGGCGACAUUGGCCGAAGCCCGCGCAUGCAGUAUCAUGCAUUGAGCAUUGCAAAACAUGGCGGGGAGGUGAUAAUUAUCGGGUAUAAUGAAUCUGAUCCUCAUCCUGAUAUCAUAUCUAACCCCAACAUCUCAAUUGUUCCACUUCGCCCCCAUGCCGCUAUUCUACAGACUAGUAACAAAUUACUAUUUACAAUUUAUGGACCAUUGAAGGUGUUAUUCCAGAUUGCCUGUCUCUGGAAGUGUCUUGCGUAUACCACAAAACCGUCCCGGUGGCUUUUGGUCCAGAACCCACCUUCCAUUCCCACACUGGCUAUAGCAUCAAUUGUCUGUUUCUUGCGGCAAACGAGGCUUAUCAUUGAUUGGCAUAAUUUUGGAUAUUCCAUACUCGCGUUGAAACUCGGCCAAAGCCAUCCAUUGGUGAAAAUGUCGUUGUCGUAUGAGAAGGCAUUCUGCAAAUAUGCUACGGCUCAUUUGUGCGUCACGAAUGCUAUGAAAUCCGUUCUCAGAAGGGAUUUCAAUCUUCAAGCCCCUGUGUUGCCACUGCACGACCGCCCUGCCAGUCACUUCAAUCCCAUCCUCGAUCCCAAUGCACGAGUGGAGUUCCUCAUGACUCUACCGGAAACUAAGGAAUUUCAUUCUCCUUUAAAAGCAGGGUCUCUCCGGGUGCUGGUCAGUUCAACCUCAUGGACUGCAGAUGAGGAUUUCUCAGUCCUCAUUGAUGCCCUUCUUUAUUACUCUGAACUGGCCACUACAACGCAGCCUCACCUCCCCGAGGUAUUGGCCAUCAUAACAGGGAAGGGCCCACAAAAAGAAAUGUAUUUGGAACAGAUUGCCAUUCUUGAAAAGACAAGUAAGCUACAGAAGGUCACAAUUCGAACUGCGUGGUUGGGUGUAUCAGAAUAUGCCCAGCUGUUGGCAUCCGCAUCUCUGGGGGUCAGCCUUCAUACUAGCAGCAGUGGGGUAGAUCUCCCAAUGAAGGUUGUAGAUAUGUUCGGAGCUGGUCUUCCUGUUGUGGGAUGGGAUCGUUUCGAAGCAUGGCCCGAGUUGGUCACCCAGGGCGUCAAUGGAUUGGGCUUUGGGAGCUCGGAGGAGUUGGCUAAGCACUUGGUUGACCUGUUCGGUGAUAAUGAUAAAUUGGAGAGUCUACGCCGAGGUGCCAAAAAAGAAAGCUCUCGGCGAUGGGACGACGAAUGGAAUCCUAUUGCGGGGUCCCUUCUUGGGUUGACAUAG